CACCCUGUAGUAACACUAUAUUUUCUCUCCUUCUUACACGCCAUGUUUUGGAAAUGCAAAUAGCCGUUUCCUUCUCUCUCUCUCUCUCUCUCUCUCUCUCUAAGAGCAUGGUUCUCUCUCGGUUUUCUCUGUUACUGUCAUUCUCAUUCUUCUUGUUGCACAUUGCUCUGCUUGCAACACUCUGUUUUGGUGGCGACCCAACGGUUUUCACUGAGCUUCACUUCUCUUACAUCACUGUUUCUCCUCUCGGUAUUCCUCAACAGGUCAUAGCUAUCAACGGGAAGUUUCCAGGACCUGUAAUCAAUGCUACAACCAAUAACUAUGUAGUUGUGAAUGUUUUCAAUGAAUUAGAUGAAGAUCUUCUCAUUACAUGGCCUGGAAUUCAAAUGCGGCGCAAUUCUUGGCAAGAUGGAGUUCUUGGCACAAAUUGUCCAAUUCCUUCCCAUUGGAAUUGGACAUAUCAAUUCCAAGUCAAGGAUCAAAUUGGGAGUUUCUUUUACUUCCCUUCUCUCAAUUUCCAAAGAGCCUCUGGUGGCUUUGGUCCCUUUGUUAUCAACAAUAGGGAAAUUAUUCCAAUCCCUUUUUCACAGCCAGAUGGUGAUAUUUUCAUUAUGAUUGGUGACUGGUAUACUCAGAACCACAAGGCUCUGAGAGCAACACUUGAUGGUGGAAAAGACCUUGGAAUGCCAGAUGGUGUUCUUAUAAAUGGGAAAGGGCCUUACCAGUACAACACUACUCUUGUUCCUGGCGGCAUCAAUUAUGAAACAAUUUCCGUUGAUCCAGGUAAAACAUAUCGAAUUCGCGUGCACAAUGUGGGGAUCUCAACUUCUUUGAACUUUCGAAUUCAAAAUCAUAAUCUGCUAUUGGUGGAGACAGAAGGGCAUUACACAACUCAAACAAAUUUCACCUCUUUUGAUAUUCAUGCUGGCCAGUCUUACUCUUUUCUGCUUUCGACUGAUCAGAAUGCAAGUACAGACUACUAUAUUGUUGCAAGUGCUCGGUUUGUGAAUGAAUCAUUGUGGCAGAAGGUUAGAGGUGUUGCAGUUUUACACUAUUCAAAUUCCAAGGGACCAGUGACUGGUCCUCUGCCUCCCCCGCCAGAUGAUUUUUAUGACAAGACAGCUUCAAUGAACCAAGCAAGAAGUGUAAGGCAAAAUACAUCUGCUAGUGGUGCUCGUCCUAAUCCUCAAGGAUCCUUUCACUAUGGCUCCAUCAACAUAACUGAUACCUAUGUGUUAAAGGUUACUUCGCCGGUGCCAAUCAAUCGCACUAAUCGAGCUACUAUUAAUGGGAUCUCAUUUCUGAAGCCUGACAUUCCAUUCCGGCUUGCUGACCAACAUCAACUAAGAGGAAUUUAUAAGCUUGAUUUUCCUAGCAAGCCAAUGAACAGAACACCACUUAUUGACCGAUCAAUUAUUAAUGCUACAUAUAAGGGAUUCAUUGAGAUUAUAUUGCAAAAUAAUGACACCACAAUUCAAAACUUUCAUUUGGAUGGCUACUCCUUUUUUGUGGUUGGGAUGGACUAUGGUGAUUGGUCAGAAAAUUCUAGAGGCUCUUAUAAUAAGUGGGAUGCAAUAUCUCGCUGCACAACUCAGGUUUUUCCUGGAGGGUGGACAGCGAUUCUUGUAUCACUUGACAAUGUCGGAUCAUGGAAUCUGAGAGCUGAAAACCUGGACAGGUGGUACCUGGGCCAAGAAACUUAUCUGAGGAUUGUCAAUCCUGAAGAAAAUGGAGAAACAGAGAUGGGUGCACCGGACAACGUUUUGUUUUGUGGCUCCCUCAAGAACAUGCAGAAGCCGCAACAUGGUUUUUCUGCAGCUUCUACUUUGGGAUGCAGCUUGAACAUUUUCACAUUGCUCCUGGGACUUUGUACUGUGAUUUUUAACAUUCUAGCUAGCUAAGCUUUUCCAUUGGCAUUUUUAUAGUUACCAACAGUGUAGUUAUAUAGGAUUGUCAGAAAUGAUGAUUACUAAUUUCUUCGUCUAAAGAAAGAACAUGCUUUUUUUGUGUAGUUAUGUCAUGCUUUGCACACAUUUUCUCUUUAGUUGUUUAUCACGAAGAGCUCAUUUAAGGUUACCUGGUUUUGGUCAUUUCUAUUUAAUCCAUGACCGUU